CUCUCUCUCUCAUCCACUUAUUAUGGUUCCUCCCAAAAAAAGUGUAAAGGCGCAAGAAAAUAACAAGCGGAUAAUAACCCACAGACUGUACUUUAAAUCGAUCGUAAAGUCUAUUUGUUUGGACAUGAACGCAAUCGCAAAUUGACUAUCUUUCUUCUUCCUCUCAAAGUAAUAGUUUUCCCUCUCUUUAGCCUCUCCGCCAUGCUUCUCUCAAGAGAGUCUCAAACCAAACAUUGUGGUUCGAAUAUUUGUUACAUUUUUACUGUUUUGCCCAAUUUAUCUCACACCUCUGCAACAUAAUCAUCAACUGCUUCUUCGUCUUCCUCAUUAUGCUCAUCAUCUUUAUUUGCUUCUUGCUAUAAUUCAUUUGUUUUACCCGUCAUCUAAUACUUUUUGUGCUCAUUUCGAUUCUUUCUGGUUAAUUCGUUAAAUUGUUCAUCUUUGAGGAUUAUGCGGCUAAUCAAUUAUGAUCUUGGAUAGCUGUUAUCAAAUUGAAAUUACACUUAAAAGUCAUCUUUAGGUGACAUUGACUAUCAAUGGACAAUUCAGUGAUUGCUCGAAGUGGAUGGCUAAUGAGAAGAGUCUCAGGGAAAGAUUGGAGAAAAAAUUGGAUUGAAUUAUAUCGCGAUGGUUACUUAAAGUACUACGAGAAUGAUUAUAGUCCCAACCCAGAAGAUGUUAUAAAUAUGCCAACUGAAUGUAUAUCAAUCAAAACUGGUCUACAGGUUGAGGAAAGUUAUUGUCCACCAAGUGGUUUCUCAUCUCAAUGUGUAUUUGCUGUCUCAGCUUCUGGCAAUAAGAAAUGGGUUUUCUGUGCAGAUUCACCCGAUGAUAUGAGAGCUUGGCAAUUGGCUUUGGAACAAGCACGUCUCCUUAUUUCCCGACCUCCUCACCAUACUCAACAUGGACAUCACCAUCAAACUCACCCUCAUGCUCAUCACCACCUAAACCAUCAAUCAAUACUUCAUAGUAUGAGAUUGGCUGGUCUACCUGGAUCAACAAUACCAUUAGAGGAAUAUCAUCGUCUCAAUCAAUACACUCAAUUACAGCACAUGAUUAAUUCUCGAACUUUACCGUUACCAUUUAGUCACAGUGAUCCAAGGAUAUCAACAUAUCCGCUUCAUCUACCAACACCAAAUGUCUCACAAUCAAACAAUAGUACAACACCAUCAACACCUCCAUCAAUCUCAUCACCGGUAACAACAACAGCCAUUUUUCCUAUUCCAGUGUCACCAGUGUCAGCUCCACCUCCUCGACUUCCUUGUUUUAAUUUCAACUAUCCGCCUCCAAGUGAUCAGUCCUUACGACAUGGACCAUUUUAUCCUCCAAUCAGUCAAACAUCAAGUUUACCAUCAACUCCACUCUCAUCGCAAUCAAGAAUCUUUCCAUCACCUUUUCCUGAACCAGAUACUAGAGGUUUCAAUCUAGAUUUACUGACAGGAUCAACGACUAGUCCUGAUGCUCGUCUUGGUACAAACAGACUUGUUUGGCCACCAUUUAUUUGGUGGUAACGAUUUUCAUUGUAAUCAUAAGCACAAGUCAAAUCAAUAUCAUUCCUUGUUUUUCUUAUUCAAAAUCUCGUCUAUCUAUUUGCAGAUAGAAAAUUCUGAUUCUAGUGUGAUUGUGACUUCUUUCAUGAAAUUUAAAUUUUACAAGAAGAUCACUUUAAAUUAAACGGUGAUUCAAUAAAUAAUCACUUUCACGCCAUCAUUUUGUUUAUGGUGCUAACUUGUCGCCCCAAAAAUAUAUUCAUUUCCUAAUUUAAAUUCUCGUUAAUAAAAA